CGAGAUGCCGUCUGCGCCCACCAUGGCAAUGCUGCUGUUGGGCACCUUGGCGUUACUCUACUGUGUCGCCGCCACCGCUGCGACAGCGGACGAUGCUGCAGCUCAAGCCGAUGCGUCGGACUUGUCCAGUGAAGAUGCAGCCCGGGCUAUCAAGGUGCUCUUGAAGAAGAAGAUGUCUGUGGUGAUCAAGAAGAAACCACACCAGCAGGGUGGCCCAAGACCCCAACUUGAGCCAGAUCCCUUGCAAGUCCAGACACCCCCAACUGGAACAACCAUCUGGGAAGAUCCAAAACCUCCCCAAUCUGAUGAAAGUGGGAAUAAAGCAGGACUGCAGCAGACACAAGAACCAGAACCCGCUGGAGGUGAGACAGACACGGAGGAACCCCAAGAACCAGAAAGCACUGUAGGUGAGACAGAUCCAGAAGAGGCCAUAGAACCAGAACUCGACGCAACUACUAUCGAAUAGUGAAGAAGAUGGGCUGGACUUGCCACAAAUACGCAUAAUUACAUCACCUCCUCACUCCACAGAGAAGUCUUACCCCAUUUAAAUAAAGUGUGCUACACUGCAACAGAGCACCAUUCACUUUCACAGGAGGUAUCAAAACAUUUAAUUAAAUUCAAAAUAGUAUCGUGAUGUUUCUAUCUAUAGCAGUGACUAACAUCGACUGUGCUUCGCUGCUGAAGUUGAUUGGCUGGAUCAGUCAAAUUGUCUGACAGUCAAAGUAGGUAUAGUUCCAUUUCAUUAGUGAAAGAUCCCUCACAUACAGUACAGGGGAAGGCAGGAAUAAAGUAUUGAACAAAUGUGCUUACUCUAGAAUGUUACACAGCAUAGAUGAAGACAGUGGUCUGAUACCUCGGAAGAGGCUUUUUUUGUCGAAACGAUAGCAUUCUGUCGGACCAGCUGUCACUGGAUGGAUAAAAAUAUCCCUUUAUCUUUCUUCCGCUACUGCAUAGUUUCAGAUGUGAAGCUAUUUUCAAAUAUUUGUAUGAAAUAUGUAUCAUUAUAACGUAGAUAAAUAUCAAAAACCAUUGGUUGCAUAACAGAAAUAGUAACAUGUGGAAGUACCAAUCAAAAUGGAUGUAUUUACAUUAACAUUGACGUACUCAUCAAUUAAUGCAGUAGUAGUUAGUAAUAAAAUUAAAAAGACACAAUAAAGGUGGUAGGCAUGUAGUAAAAGAGAACAUGAAUUACUGAGAGACUUUACCAUGUUCCCUGAGUCACAAAUCAGAGGUGACUACAGGUGCAAUUAGCUCUGUCAUCUAGCAGCACUGGGGUACGAACGCACUGGACUACCUAUGACACACCUCGCAGCCAUCUGGUCCAAAGUACCUCUGAACAACACAUUCUCCAAUCUCUGUGACCUAUUAAAAUAUUAUUACAGUACCCUCCGUCAACCUAAAAAAGUGAGAUAGUGCAAAAGUGUGGAUGGAAGAGAAAAAAUGACUUAUUGUGCGCAGGGAUCAUUCCAUCAACAGUGAAAUAACUAAUACUACUGCAGGCACAAGCUGGUACAUUAAUUAUUACACAUGACAAAUGGUUUAUCACACAGGAGAAAAGUAAAUCACAAUAAAAUACAAAUUAAGGCCUCAUAUAAUAUCCUUCACUUCUCUGAAGGUAGUCAAUAAAAAAAGAUGAAGAAAUUGUGCAGAGUUGAAAACAAAAUAUAGAUGAAUUUUAACAUAUCCAUUGGCAGUCACUCUGAAAGAAUAUCAUCACUCCAACUACUUCAAUUUGACAGGCUGAGCUUGAGAUGGGCCACAAGACCAACCAAUGGGCCACAGACAUUUGCGUAACUGCCAACAGAAUUUGUUAAACAGGUUUUUGUGUAUUAUUACAGUCACAAUUUUUAAUAAGAUAAUAAAAUUAACUACUGCUACU